CAGAGGCUGGCAGCUGGCUGCCUGAAGAACACAGAAGAUGGCCUUCAUUGCAGCUCUGUGGAUCUUGAUGGCCGGGAUCUGCCCUGCUGUCCUCUGCUUCCCAGAAGGCACAUUGGGAAUGGACACUGCAGUCCAAGAAGACCAAGACAAUGGGACACUAGUGGACAGUCUCACAUUGGCCUCCAUCAACACUGACUUUGCCUUCAGCCUCUACAAGAAGCUGGCUUUGAAGAAUCCAGAUAAAAAUGUCGUCUUCUCCCCACUUAGCAUCUCAGCUGCCUUGGCUAUUGUAUCCCUAGGAGCAAAGGGUAACACCCUGGAAGAGAUUCUAGAAGGUCUCAAGUUCAAUCUCACAGAGACCCCUGAGGCAGACAUCCACAGGGGGUUUGGACAUCUCCUACAGAGGCUCAGCCAGUCAGGGGACCAGGAACAGAUCAGCACAGGCAGCACCAUGUUUAUUGAAAAGCGCCUUCAGAUCCUGGCAGAAUUCCAGGAGAAGGCAAGGGCUCUGUACCAGGCUGAGGCCUUCACAGUUGACUUCCAGCAGCCGCUUGAGGCCAAAAACUUCAUCAAUGGCUAUGUGAGCAAUCAGACCCAGGGGAUGAUCAAGGAACUGAUUUCAGACCUGGAUGACAGGACAGCCAUGGUGCUGGUGAACUACAUCUACUUUAAAGGCAAAUGGAAGAUGGCCUUUGACCCUCAUGACACAUUUGAAUCUGAGUUCUACUUGGAUGAGAAGAGGUCUGUGAAGGUGCCCAUGAUGAGCAUUGAGGAACUGACCACACCCUACUUCAGGGAUGAGGAGCUGUCCUGCUCUGUGGUGGAGCUGAAGUACACAGGAAAUGCCAGCGCCCUGUUCAUCCUCCCUGACCAGGGCAGGAUGCAGCAGGUGGAAUCCAGCUUGCAACCAGAGACCCUGAGGAAGUGGAAGGAAUCUCUGAAACCUAGGAAGAUACAUAGACUCUAGCUGCCCAAGUUCUCCAUCUCCACCGACUAUAGCCUGGAGAAAGUCCUUCCAGAGCUGGGCAUUAAGGAAGUCUUCUCCUCACAGGCUGAUCUGAGUAGGAUCACAGGAGCUAAGGACCUGCAAGUCUCUCAUGUGGUCCACAAGGCUGUGCUGGACUUGUCUGAAGCAGGCACAGAAGCAGCUGCUGCCACAGGGGUCAAAUUUGUCUCUCGUGCUGGAAAAAACACUGUGUGGUUCAACAGGCCAUUCCUGAUGGUUAUUUCUCACACAGAUGUUCAGACUACCCUCUUUAUAGCCAAAGUGACUAACCCCAAGUGA